AUGAUGCUCAAGAUCAGUCUUCUUUCCACGCUGGCGUCAGCGCUCGUCCUCGUGUCGCAGCAGGCCGUCGCAGCUCCCACUCGUCUCGAAGGUUUUGUUCCCGCCGGCAACGAUACCCGUCCCGUCAUUCGCGCCGAUCCUUCCGGCAAACUUCAAGACUCUCUCCUCAACGAGCGCGGCGAGCUGCUCAACGAUGCUCGUAUCGUUCUUGAGUCCCGGCAGAACCCCGGCUUUGCCUAUGGAUCUCAAAAGGUUCGCGGUGUCAACAUCGGAGGAUGGCUCGUGGCUGAGCCAUGGAUCACCCCAAGUCUCUUUGACAACACAGGCGACGGUCGUGUCAUCGAUGAGUACACCUUCGGCCAGUAUGCCAGCAACGCCUACGGUCGACUUCAGGCGCACUGGGCCUCUUUCUACACCGAGUCCGAUUUUGCUCAGAUCGCAGGCGCUGGUCUCAACCAUGUCCGCAUCCCAAUCGGCUAUUGGGCUUUCGACACCUCUGCCGGCGAGCCUUACGUGCGCGCCAACCAAGCCGACUAUCUCGAGCGUGCUAUCCAGUGGUCGCGAAAAUACGGUCUCAAGGUCAUCAUCGAUCUGCACGGCGCUCCUGGAUCGCAGAACGGCUUCGACAACUCCGGUCGCAAGGGUGCUGUCAACUGGCCCAACGACCAGAACAACGCCAACCGCGCCGUCGGUGUCAUCGCCCAGAUCGCCCGCCGCUAUGCCAAGUACGGUGGUACCGUCACCUCGAUCGAGCUCCUCAACGAGCCCGCCGGCUUCGUGGGCGGCAACAUCAUGGACUACACCAAGUCGUACUACACCAGAGGCAUCCAGGCGUCCCGCGCAAGCUUCUACAACGCUGCCGUCAUGAUCCACGACGCCUUUCUGGGUACGUCGUAUUGGAACGGACAGUAUCAGCCCCCGCAGUACCAACAGAUCCUGCUCGACACGCACAUCUAUCAGGUCUUCUCGCCUGCAGAAGUGGCCAGAAACCAUAACGACCGUCUCAACACCUUCUGCAGCCAAGCAGGCGGCCUCGCCGCUUCCAACAGGAACCUGUGGACCAUCGUCGGAGAGUGGUCCACUGCCCCCACCGACUGUGCCAAGUACCUCAACGGCAGGUUCGUCGGCGCGCGAUACGAUGGCAGCUUUCCUGGAAGUUAUUACGUCGGCAGCUGCAGCAGGAAGACGGGCGACGGCUCCAACUUUUCGACCAACUACAAGGCUUCGCUGAAGCGUCUGUUCGAGACUCAGAUCUCGGUGUACGAGCGUGCAUCUGGCUGGAUCAUGUGGACCUGGAAGACCGAGCAGGCGGCCGACUGGGACUACCAGAAGGGUCUUCAAUACGGCUGGAUCACGAGGAACCUCAACUCGAGGCCCAAUGCGCGCUGCUGA